AUGGGCUUCUUCAAAGAGCUCGACGCAAGCACCGGAAAUGUCUCGGCCGAGUCCGAGUCCGUGCGCCUCGUAUUCAUUCCCGCCAGGAUCAAGUCUAAUUACAACAACGAAUAUUUCGACAACAACGAAUAUUUCGCCAACAUCGUAUGGAUCGACCCAGCCAGGACCGAUCUCACCCAGGACGGGAUCGUUCAUCUCGGGGGGCCCUACAAGCUGCGCGACCUCGAGAACGGCAGCAGUGAAGGUAGGUGGAGCGCGCCCGCACGACUCGCCGAUAUGCACCGUCUGGUAGAGUUCGAGGAUUGGCCAUACACAUCUUCCAAAUGCCUUGAGACGAUUCAGUUGUCGAUCCUUUCAUUCUCUAAGUGCAGAUCGGAGCGCAGCUCGAAUGGAUCGACCAGAUUGUUGUCGUCCUUCUUCGGUGGUGCCAGCGCGCAGCUUGCGCCUCUGGAUACGCUGUACUGGAUUGCCGAGUGGACGAAGUGGUUGGCAGAAGGCGGCGAGAGGGGAAAUCCUUCGGGAGACCUAUUCGAUAUGGUGGUGCGGGGUGCGGGGGACACGAGGAUGAAAAUCAACGCCUUAAGGAUGAGCGUCAGGAUGACGACUCUACUCGGAAUUGACAAGAAGGCUGCGUGGUGA